CUCCCCUGAAACCGCAAACGUUUCUUCCACCAACCCCUCGCCACCCACAUACUCCCUCCAUUUUUUGAUGGCGGGCUUUAAACCCGGACAGCUUGUCGUCGUCCCCACUCCCGCGAUCGCACGACCCAGCUCGCGCGCGGCCGAACCACACGGCACUGUAGCUACACUGACGCAGCAGCUCGCAUGGAGCAGCAGCAGCUGCUGCGAGUCCUGGACACCGUGCUCCUGUCGCCACCCGUCCCAGCGCAGCACGCCAUAGCGCCCCUCCCGCUCUCCGGCCUCGAUGCUGACCGCAACGUGCUCGACGUCGCCUUCCGCACGCUCCGCUUCUUCCCUCCUCCGGACCCGUCGUCGUCGCUCGACCCCUUCGCCGUCCUCCCGCGCGCGUUCGAGGCCGCGCUCGGCCUCUUCCCCGCGCUCGCGGGCCGCAUCCGCGACGGCCACGUCGUCGUCUCCGACGCCGACACCGUGCCCCUCGUCUUGCUCGUGGCGUCCGAGCUGUCGGUGGCCGAUGUCGACACCGACGCCCCGGGAUCGGCGCUGCUCGACAGCCUCGCGCCGAAAGACGGUGACGGCGCGGGCCCGGCGCUCGCGCUCCAGGCCACGCGGUUCGCGUGCGGCGGCGUCGCGCUGGGGAUGCGGGUGGCGCACGCGCUAUGCGACGGCGCGGGCGGCACCAAGUUCCUCGCCUCCGCGGCGCGGUUCGCGCGGGGGCAGGGGCCGGCGGCGGUGGCGCCGGUGUGGGAGCGGCGGGACCGACUGGGGCCGAGGCGGCCGCCGCGGGUGGUGACGCCGUUGUUCGACCGCGUCCUCGCGCUCGACGACCACGUCGCGCGGUGCGGGCCUUACGGCGCGGCGUGGGAUGGGCACGAACGGCGGCAGCAGCUUACGAGGGAGUGCUUCCACGUGAGCGACGCGCGGGUGGAGGCGCUCAGAGCGCGGCUCGCCGACGAGGCCGGCCUCAAGCUCACAACCUUCGAGGUCAUCGCCGCGUUCAUCUGGCGCGCCAGGGUCAAGGCCAACGGGACCAGCUCCGGCGAGGUGGUGAAGAUGGUGUACUCCAUGAACAUCAACAAGCUCGUCGACCUGCCGCUCCCUGACGGGUACUGGGGCAACGUGUGCGUCCCGGUGUACGUUGCCCUGACCGCCGGCGACCUCGUCUCCCGGCCAUUGGCGGCGACUGCCGCGAUGAUCAAGAAGAGCAAGCAGGAGGUGGGCGACGAGUACGUGCGGUCCUACAUCGACUUCCAGGAGCUGCACCGCGGCGAGGGGGUCACGGCGGGCCCGCGCGGCGCUGUGAGCGCGUUCACGGACUGGCGGCGGCUCGGCCACGGAGAGGUGGACUUCGGGUGGGGCGGCCCCGACGCCGUGCUGCCGCUCUCGUGGAGGAUCCUCGGGAGCACGGAGCCGUGCUUCCUGCUGCCCUACGGCGCCGCCGACGAGAGGCGGCGGCAAGGGUUCAAAGUGUUCGUCGCGGUGCAGCGCAAGGCGCUGCCGGGCUUCAGAGAUGAGAUGGAAGAGCUGCUGUUGCAACAGCAGCAGAGUUCAGUGGGAAAACUGUGAAUUGUUACAGAUAAAGCAAGCUGAAUUAUCUGCAUCAAAUUUGAAUUGAAUCCUAAGAUUUGGAUCAAACAAUUCCUUUGAGAGGAAGAUAGAUAGUUCCCAAAUAUAAAUGA